AUGCAUCAAGAACAAAUCAGCCGAGCGAUUGAGAAAGAAAUCGAGGAGGAAAAAAAGAAAACGACACUGAAGUUGCUUUUGUUAGGUCCAGCAGAUUCGGGUAAAAGCACCACACUGAAGCAGAUGAGAAUAAUUCACGACGAAGGUUUCUCUGACAACGAGAAACGACAACGACGAUAUAUUGUGAAUUUGAAUCUGAUCGCUGGAAUGGUGGAGGUCAUCAAUGCAAUACCACAGUUAGGGGAAAGCUAUCAGAACCCUGACUCCGAGGAGCUCGCGAAAAUAAUAACGAAGUAUUACGAAGAGGUGAGGAACAGCGAGGCUGCUGAACUCACCAAUGCUGUGGCUAAUGCGAUUACGCGGUAUGUAAUAAUCCUAAUCGAGACGAAGCUGUUGAGCGCAGCUGAUAAUCGACUUCUCUUUUCACAAUCAUACACAUUCGUCUUCAGCUUUCUCCGGGAAUUACCAAGAAUACGAGAAAAAGACUACCUCCCUUCCUACGAGGAUAUUUUGAGAAGCAGAGUAUCGACGACAGGCGUUGUACAGUUCACUUUCCUUAUCAAAAACACUACCUUCAAAGUGUUCGAUGUUGGUGGGCAGAAGGCCCAACGUCGAAAAUGGAUCCAUAUAUUCGAUGACGUCCACGCUGUGCUGUUCAUAACUUCAUUAUCGGAAUAUAAUCAGAAUCUCGCCGAGGACAACAAAGUUAAUCGCAUGAAAGAUUCGAUAGAACUAUUCGGUCAAAUAUGCAAUAAUCAAUGGUUUUCUAAUACGGCUAUGAUUCUAUUUCUCAAUAAAAUCGAUCUUUUCGCAGAUAAAAUCAAACGGGUCAAUAUUACAUGUGCUUUGAAGCAUUACAAAGGUCCUCAGGAAUAUCGUCCAGCCCUUGACUAUAUCACGAAGAAAUUUAAGCAGCAGAACUUGAAUCUGAAGCGAAGCAUAUACAUUCAUGAAACAUGCGCAACAGAUACAAGGCAGAUUGAAGUAGUGAUUAAUAGCGUUAUAGAUGUUGUCAUACAGCAAACAAUGCAAAAAGUAGGAAUACAAUAG